AUGGACGACAAUGCACAACCUUCUGCCAGCUUCGAGUCUAACCCGCCGCCUCCGGCUUCCAAGGAGUAUCCAACUCUUGUCCAACGUCUUCCCUCUCUGUCUGCUGCCUUGAAACCCCUCUCGUCUGCCUCGCCCGUCCGUCGUAAACCACUUCCUUCCAACGCGGCUCCGGUUAUUCAGUCUCCCGAAACACUGUCGCUUCAACAGCCCUUCCAGGCGACGGAUGUUUCACCAACCCAAGGCUCGACUACGGAACUCCUUUCUUCGAACUGGUCCUCGGCAAAGGCGGCACCGGACACGCCUUCACUAUCCAUCCGUGGAAACACCAACGAGAAUACUCUGAUAAACACGCGUACUGGCGAGUCGACGACUGCCAACGGCAUCCAAAACAAUAGAAGAAGGUCUGAUGCUUCGACCUCGGGAAGCGUGACCGCAGAGGAGGACAUGGGCUUGAAGCCGGGGUCAAGACCGCCGCCUGUGCGGACGAGUUCCAACUCCUCAACGAAGUCCUUGACGGUCGUUGAUACGAAGAAACCUCAAACACCCGGCAGCAAGUUUACAUCUUUUUUCUCUCGCAAGCCUACAGCAUCCCCCAGUGCGGAAUCGUCGAUGACAGAUGUCUCUGAUCGAAAGUCUCCUCUUGCGUCACCGUACGCAGGCUCACCACAUGCCUCCACGCGUUCCUCCUCGGGCUUCCCGUUCGGCGCUUCGCUUUCGAGGACGCCGCCUUCUCAGGCCUCUGAAGACUCGGUCGACUUCGAUGGCGGCUCGCGUAUGCGGCGUCUGUCCCUCAGUGAUGCAAACAGCAAGUGCCUCCAACUGGAGGCUGAGCUCCGGGAGAUCAGCACCGAACUUGCAAAUUCAAUCAGACGUGAGAUGGAUUUGGAGGAUCUAGUGGAAAGGUUACAGACCGACGGGCCUAGCCUUAACAGAGAUAUAGAUCGGACGAGCGACUAUUUCUCCGAUUCAGGCACGAGUUCGAUCCGGCCAUCCACCAGCGAAGGCACUGCCAAGGAAGAGAUCCAAAGGAUCAGGCGAGAAUCAGACCAACUCAGAGCACAGUUGAAGGUGGAGAUGUCGCAGAAGUGGCAGACUGAAAGAUCAAGCCGGCAGGCACUGGAGUCACACAUCCAAAUCCUGGAGCAGAAGCUGUCACACUCACGUCGAGAACACAACCUGUCCGCUGAUAUCGGAGCAAAGGCCAAAGAGCUCGAAAUGGCGCUGGACGACGCGAAGAGACGUUUGAGCGAGGAGAGGCAGACAAAGGAGAAUUUCGAGGACUUACUGACGGCUCUCCGAGUCGAAUUGGAACAACAUCGUAACGAACGGGACAACCUCCGCGACACGGUCGUGCCACAACUUCGGUCCCAGAUUGCGCACAUGGAGCCUCAAAACUCAUUACACGACCUGGCGCGAAUGCAACAGGAGAUCCAAAGUCUUCGGGAUGAGAAUGCCGCCCUCCAGAGUGCUCGAGCACUGAACAUGCAAUUUCAGUCAAUUGCCGAAGAAGGCGACCUGAUCGAGUCACCAACUAGUCCAUUUCCAAGCCGCAGCACUGGCCUACAGCGGUCCAAUACCGUCCACAUGAACCGGUCGUCCACGAGAGCUCAGGGGACUCGGUCAAAUUCGUUGUCGAGGUCCAAUUCAGCGGUCCAGCGCGCGAUACCGGAAAGUCAACAAUCUCUCGCCGAUCAGAUGAAAGAUGUGAUGGAGCAGAGGAACGCCCUCCACUCGACGGUGAAGUAUCUGUUGAGGAGGAUUGACGCCCAACGUCGCCAAUAUGAAAAGCGUCUCAAGAUUGCCGAAGCCGACCGCGACCGCGACCGCGAGAGUUCUCUGCAUGGUUCCAGGAAGGAGGGCUAUGAACGAGAAGUGCGAAAGUUACGCUCGGAGAUCAAUGUACUACGGAAGCGGACAGACGAUGCUUUGGAACAGAAGUGGCAAUGUGAGAAAGGUCUUUCAGGGUUGAAGAUGGACCUCGAUCGGAGCAAACAGGAAACGGCCAGCUUGCAAGCGUUAUUGCAAUCCCGUGAUGAGACAGCGCCCGAGGUUUUGUCAUCGACGCUUGAACAAGCGUUGCAUCAACUAGAGCAACAACGAGAUCAUGCUCGACAUCAAGAAUCGGCAGGGUCAUCGAACGACCAAGGUGUUUCCUCCGAGCUGGAAAGGUCUGCGCAGAGGUUUGAGACGUUGGCUGCGCAAGUCCGCAAACAAAUGCAAUCGAAUGCCAACCUGAGAGGUCGGCUAGAGGACGCUGUGGUGAAGGGCGAAAAGGACCAGCAAGCUUCGGCGGGACAGAUCAGCGAACUUGAAACCAAGCUUCGCAAGCUGGAAGACGUUAUCACUGUUGCUCAAAUGCAAUCCGAAACCGCAGUCAUGAAGCACGAAGAGGAGGUUCGAGUGUUGAGAGCUAGCCAUAAUGUUCAACUGCUACGAACGCGAUCUGGCAGGGAACCGCCCGGGCUUUUAACCCCGGGAUUGUUGACGCCUACUCCUCGAUCGCCGCUCUCCCCCAUGUUCAUCAACUCCCGAAAAAGCCCCAGGCUCGACCAAACCAGCACUGGGCCAGGCAUGGCUCUUCAUGACGCCCUCAAGACCGAGUACUUGGAGAAUAAGGUCGCCGAUCUGGAAAAGGCCUUGGCUGAGGCGGAAAAAGAAAUGGAAGAAGUGGUUGGAAGAAUGAACUCGGCUCAGAUGGGGGUGGCUGAUCUGGAAUCGGAAAGAGACGAAGCGCUCCGUCAAACUCGAAGGCUUGAAGCCGCCAUCGCUGCCGAGCGGGAGAAAGUGCAGGCUCUCCUCGACCAAGACUAUGCAUCCGGUUAUCCCUCCGACUACUAA